UUCUUUGUAUUGUGAUUGAUUAUACAUACGAUGAUAUUUUUUUAAAGUCAGUUUCUUGAUUUUGUAGAAUAUGGAAGAUCACCAAACUGAGCCACCAGUUCAAUCAAGUUUUAGAUCAAAAUCAGAUAAAGCAUGGGAGUAUAUAACUUGUCAAAAAGAUGAGAAAGGAAAGAGGGUAUAUAUGUAUGAUUUUUGUCAAAAAAUGGUGCGUGGUGGUGGUAUAACGAGAAUGAAGAGACACCUUGCAGCCAUUAAAGGUGAUAUAGAACCUUGUAAAAAGUAACGGUGAAUGUUCGUUUUGCUAUUCAAGGAAUUCUUAAAGAAACUAAAGUUAAAGGGAGAGGUAAGUCUAACAUUUGAUCUAGUGUUGACGUCUUAGAUGACGAAAAAGUUGAGGAAAUAAAUGACCAAACACAAAAGGUAAAAAGGAAAGCUGAACCAAAUUUGCAUCCUUUCUUUACAAAAAUUACAAACGAUCCUUCUCAACCUACUAUUAAAAAAACUACGAAAAGUAAAGAAAAUGUACAUGAUGUUAACUUGGCUAUUGCUAUGUGGUUCUAUGAUGCAUGUAUACCUAUGAAUGCUUGUAAUUCUCCUUAUUUUCAAUUCGCGGUAGAUAAAAUAGCAUCUAUAGGAUAUAGUUGCAAAGCACCUAACUAUCAUGCUUUAAAGGUCAAUUUGUUGAAAGAUGCAAAAAACAUUAGUUGGGCUAUUAGUAGAUUCAUAUAGAAGUGACAGGGUUGAAAGUGGUUGCACGAUUAUGAGUGAUGGGUGGAGAGAUAUUAGGCACCGUCACUUGAUUAAUUUUUUAGUUAAUUGUGAGGAAGGGAUUUCAUUUCUUAAAUUUGUAGACACGUCUGAUAUUUAGAGUAAUUAUAUGAAUUUGUGUAAUUUGUUUGCUGAAGUUGCUGAAAUGGUUGGGGUUAAGAAUGUAGUUCAGAGAGUUACUGAAAAUGUGGCUAAUUACAAGCUUGCUGGUAAAAUGUUAUGUCAAAGAUAUCAUUCGGUUACUUGGACACCUUGUGCAAUUCACUAUCUUAAUCUUGUGUUAAAGGAUGUUUCGGAGUUGGAUAAUGUUGCAAAGUUGGUCAAACUUACAUCUAGGAUUACUGUUUUCAUUUAUAAUCACAAGAUACCCUGAAGAAAAAGAAAGGGUUGGACAGAAAUCAUUCGCCCAGGUCCUACCCGUUUUGGUACAACUUUCGUUGCAUUAAAAAGUUUGGUAGAUCAUAAAAAUGACUUGCAAGCUCUUUUCAUAUCUAAUGAAUUUAAAAAAAAUGUUGAAACUGGGUAAUGCAAUUGAAUGUAAGGAAAUUAUGAUGAAUGAAACUUUUUGGACCAAUUGUUUGAUUACAAUGACCAUAACGACUCUUGCAUUUGUGUGAUAUGGACGAAAAAACCUUCUUUGCCGUAUGUUUUUAUGAGGAGGCGAAUCAAGCAGUUAUUGGAGUUAAGGCAUUUUUUAAGGGAAAGGAAUAUUUGUAGAAGCCAUAUAUGGAUAUAAUGAUGCUCGAUGGAAAAAGACUGUUCUAGUAUUCAUUGGUUAAAUCCGGCUUUUUGGUAUGAUAAAGAAAAGCUUUGUAAAAGUAAAGAAGUUUUUAAGGGUGUUCUCGAAAUGGUUGAGAAGAAUUUUUCGGGUGAUGAUGUUAUAGAUGUUACAAUGGCUUUAGGCAAGUUUCAUGAUGAUAAAGAAUGCUUUGGUAGGAGUAGUGUCAUUGCUUCUCGUAGAGUAAUUCAACCCGCCGAAUGGUGGAGAUUAUCCGUUAAUGCAAAACUUUACUGUUUGAGUAUUAAGUCAAACCACAUCUUCAUCGGGUUGUGAACGUAACCGGAGUGUCUUUGAAAGGAUUCACACGAAAAAAAAAGGUUGGAACAUGAAAGACUAAAUGACCUUGUGUUUGUUAACAUUUGGGUAAAUGUUUUACUAGACUCAAAUAUACUAAAAGAUCCUAUGACCCGGUUGAUUGUGAAAGUAUUAAUCAUGCCGAAUUUUAGGUGGUUGAAAAAGAGCCAGAAGAAACUUCAUAAUAUGAUACAGAUAACAUGUUUGGUGAGGAAAAGCAUGAGCCGAUUCCUCAAACACAAGGUUACCUGUUAUAUAUUUCACUUAUUUACGUAAGUUAAAUAUAUAUUAUGAUUAUUUGUAAAAACUUUUUAAAUAUUGUAGGAAAUGAAAACAGUUAUGCUCUAGUUAAUGAGGAUGAUGAUUAUAUAGUGAAUGUUAUCUUUUAAGCGAUCA